AUGUCCCCCCGCCCCGCUGGCUUUCUGAGGCCCCUCGUCCUCUCCGGGCCCUCCGGUGUCGGCAAGAGCACCCUCCUCCUCCGUCUCUUCGCAGAAUUCCCCGACAAAUUUGGCUUCAGCGUCUCCCAUACCACCCGCAACCCACGCCCAGGCGAAGUCGACGGCAAGCAGUACCAUUUCGUCACCCCCCAGCGCUUCAAGGACCUCAUCCACGAAGGCGCUUUCAUAGAGCACGCAGAGUUCUCCGGCAACUACUAUGGCACAAGCUUCGAGACUGUCCGCCACGUCCAGCAGGAGGGACGCCGAUGUAUUCUCGAUAUCGAGGCCCAGGGCGUCCGUCAGAUAAAAAAUACCAACCUCAAUCCCGUCUAUCUGUUCAUCUCCCCACCUUCAUUGGCGGCAUUGCGAGAUCGUCUGCGGAGCCGAGGCACAGAGUCCGGGGCAUCGGUACAAAAGCGGCUCACGACUGCGCUAAAGGAGAUCGCGUUUGCAAAGGAGCCCAAUGUCCACGAUCUUGUCAUCAUCAACGAUGACCUCGACAGGGCCUACGAGCUGUUCAAAAAGGUGGCGCUGGGAGAGGAGAUUGUCAGCGAUAAAUUGCCCAGUCUCGACGACUAA